UUGCAAAACUCAAUGAACCAGCAAAAUAUGUAAACUAAAAAGAUCUCACAAAAAAAGGAAAACGACGCAUUGCCCAAUUUAUCAGCUGUUUGAUACACACACUGACACAGGCACACACAUUGAGAAUUUCACUUUUGUGUAUACACGUGAUAGUAUUUUGGUCUACUUGAUCCAAAUAUUUAUUUACACAUAUAUACUUUGAGAUGAAUGAACACUGUGAUAGGGGUUCCCUCUCAUCUGGGUGCGGACGUUUCGACACGGCGCGAUCCAUAGAUGAACAUGAUGCCACAGAUGAUGACAUGACUUUCUGCAUGUCAAACUAUGCCAAGGAGGCACUCAAGAUGAUGUUCAUGAUGCGAUCACAUGGCAUGCUCACAGACGUUGUGCUCGAGGUGAAGAAGGAACUGUUCCACGCCCACAAGGUGAUACUGUCAGCAGCAUCGCCAUAUUUCAAGGCCAUGUUCACGGGUGGCCUCAAGGAGUCGGAAAUGUCACGCGUACAAUUGCAGGGGGUGUGUCCCACGGCAAUGACGCGAAUCCUUUACUUCAUGUACACUGGCCAAAUCAGGGUGACCGAGGUGACAGUCUGCCAGCUGUUGCCUGCGGCGACCAUGUUCCAAGUGCAGAAUGUCAUUGAUGCCUGCUGUGCCUUCCUAGAGCGUCAAUUGGAUCCCACAAAUGCCAUCGGCAUUGCCAAUUUCGCCGAACAGCACGGUUGCAUUGAACUACAGAAGAAAGCCAAUUUCUUUAUUGAACGCCAUUUUACACAAGUAUGUCAAGAGGAGGAAUUCCUGCAACUGUCCGCCUAUCAAUUGAUUGCACUGAUUAGACGCGACGAACUGAACGUGCAGGAGGAGCGUGAAGUGUACAAUGCUGUUCUUAAAUGGGUCAAAUACGAUGAGGAUAAUCGGCAUAGCAAAAUGGAGCAUAUUCUUGUCGCCGUUCGCUGCCAGUUUCUGACGCCCAAUUUCCUCAAGGAACAGAUGAAAAACUGCGAUGUAUUGCGCAAGGUGCCGGCAUGUCGAGAAUAUCUGGCAAAGAUCUUUAAGGAUUUAACGCUGCACAAAUGUCCAGGCGUCAAGGAGCGCACACCAAACACCACACGAAUGAUAUUCGUUGCUGGCGGCUUCUUCCGACACUCACUGGACAUACUGGAGGCCUACAAUGUCGAUGAUAAAACGUGGACAACCUUGCCGAAUCUGCGCAUUCCACGUUCCGGUCUCGGAGCAGCGUUUCUGAAAGGGAAAUUCUAUGCGGUUGGUGGACGUAACAAUAACAUUGGAUCAUCUUACGAUUCGGACUGGGUGGAUCGUUACAGUGCCAUAACGGAGACGUGGAGACCUUGCUCCCCAAUGUCAGUGCCCCGCCAUCGUGUCGGUGUUGCCGUCAUGGAUGAGUUAAUGUACGCUGUGGGUGGAUCCGCAGGCAUGGAAUACCACAACACAGUAGAAUACUAUGAUCCAGAUCAGGAUCGUUGGACACUUGUGCAGUCCAUGCAUUCCAAACGUUUGGGCGUUGGCGUUGUUGUUGUCAAUCGUCUGCUUUACGCCAUCGGUGGAUUCGAUGGCAACGAGCGAUUGGCCAGCGUUGAAUGCUAUCAUCCAGAGAACAAUGAGUGGAGCUACUUGCCUCCAUUGAAGACGGGACGCAGUGGAGCAGGAGUGGCUGCCAUUGAUCAGUACAUUUACGUUGUCGGUGGAUUCGACGGCACACGGCAACUGGCCACAGUGGAGCGAUAUAAUACGGACAAUGAAUCUUGGGACAUGGUUGCGCCAAUUCAGAUCGCCAGAAGUGCGCUAUCAUUGACGCCACUAGAUGGCAAGCUAUAUGCCAUCGGUGGCUUUGAUGGCAACAAUUUUCUGUCCAUCGUUGAGGUCUACGAUCCACGCACAAACACUUGGGAACAGGGAACACCUUUGAAUUCUGGACGCUCUGGCCAUGCGUCCGCUGUCAUCUAUCAGCCAUCGUGUGCGACUACAUUCAUGGACUAUGAGGAUUGUGAAAUGAGCAGGAGCGAUGGUAGCAAUGGCGACAUGCAAAGCGAUUCAUCACGCGAUCCGUCCGGCAGCUUAAACAAGGGCUUUGGCGGUGGUUCACCUAACAUGCAGUUUCAUGCAUCUUACGGCGCUGGUGGUUGCAACAACUGCGAUUCGAUGACUGCAGUUAAACAGGAGCCGACUACAGAACUACGAAGCAAACAAGUUGUAUGGGAACAAACAAGUCACUCCGGACGAUUUAGGAAAAUACCAAGAGAUGACUAUGAUGUCGGCGAUCCGGAUCCCAGCAGUAGCCAAACGAUACUUCCUAUGUACUCCCCCUCACAUUUAGAGGACCCCCCGAACUCCGAAUCCUUGCGCAGCAAACUGGCAAUUGACACGCGACGUUGCAUAUUGUCGACGCCAGUCCGCGCGAUGCAAAACAUGUUUCACAGAGGCAUAGAAUGGCAUAAUAAAAAGGGCAACUCAUGACAAUCAUUAUGUAUGCCACCAGCAAGCGUCGUCUUGAAACCAAAAAUAUUAUCCAUCUUCUAAGUUCGUUAUUUAUAAAACAAAAACAAAA